AUGAAGAUCCUGAAGAAGCUUCGGGAACUAGACGCGGCCGGCCGAGGACGCCGUGCCAGCUGGUGGGAUGCACGGGACGGGCAGCAGGUGGCGGGCGCCGGAGCCCUGUCCCCUCCCGGGCCGGAGGAGGCCAAGAGGAAGCUGCGGAUCCGGCAGCGCGAGCUGCAGAACGUGCAGGUGAACCAGAAAGUGGACAUGUUCGAGGCGCACAUCCAGGCGCAGAGCGCCGCCGCCCAGGCGCCCCGCGGCCCGCGCCUGGGCAGGUCGCGCUCGCCCUCGCCCUGUCCUCUGCGCAGCAGCAGCAGCCAGCCCCCCGGUCAGGUUCCGGCGCCCAGCGAGGGCCGGAGGACGCGGUCCUGCGAGGCGCAAUGUGCGGACACGGCAGCGGCGGACGCCGGGUGGGGAGACGGGACGGCCAGCCCGCGUCCCGGGAAGGACAAGGAGGGAGCCGCAGCUCCUGGCGCGAGCCCCGGGUCAGCGGCGGAGACUCCCGCGCCAGCCGCCUUGGUGACAGUGGACCAGGACCAGGGCGCCCCCCCCAGGCCCCACUGUGGCUCACCUGUGGCCGUGGAAACGAACCAGAGGGUCUCUGCGCCUUUGGGACCUCGGAGCUGCCAAGCUCUUUCGAUCCAGCUGGUUGGAAUGAACUUGGCCGUGGCCACAGAAACGCAAGCAAGAGCCACUGCCAACCGGGCCCGGGACCCUGCCUUGGAGGAGUGGACAGAGCGAGCCCCCAAACUGGAGAGUGCAAGCCCUGGGGAGCGGCAGGGGGGUGCCGUGGGCAGAGAGACGAGCCCAGCCCCAGACAGGGGCAGGUCCCUCAGGGGUGAGCCCCCUGGAAAGGUGGGGAAAGGAACUCUGUCCGGUGGCACGCCAGACUCUGGGGGAGAGAAAGCGGAUGGCAGUCCGGAGGUGAUGACCGUGAAUGUGGAGGAGCCCCCGGGGGCCCCUAGCCGGUUCAGACCCCCAGGAGACCUGGGCUCCACAGGUGGGGAGGCGACCCAGAGUGGGACCGUAGAGGGGGGCCUUCAGCAAUGCUCCAGCAGAGUGCAGGAAGGGGCCCCCAUGCUGGGCUUGUUUGGGGGCAGCCAGUCCUCACAGCGGGGGGCAGGAAUUCCCUCUGGUGAGAUCCUGGAGCCUUUGCCCUGUUGGAAAACCGCAAAAGACCUGGAAGAACCUCAGUGCCUCCCGCCCGGCCGGGUAGCUGUGCGGCCCGGGGGUGCCAGCACGUGGCUGGGCCCCGUGGAGGCCAGUCUGACCUGGACGUGUGGCACCAGGGUGCCGUUGGAGGGGACUUGGGAAAACCAGCCGCAGGACAGAGCGCCUCACCCCGCCCCAGAGCAGCUCUGUGCGGACCAGCAGGACAGGCCUGUUCCGGGAGAGCUGCACAGCCACAGCAACAUCCCCGCGGUCAUCAUCACGGACAUGGGUGCCCCAGAGGACGGGGUCCUGGAGGAGGUUCAGGGAAGCCCGCUGGGCAGCCUGCCGCUGAGGAAGCUGUCGUCCUCCUCGGCCUCCUCCACGGGCUUCUCCUCCUCCUACGAGGACUCGGAGGAGGAGGACAUCUCCAGUGACCCCGAGCGCUCCCUGGACCCCAACGCCGCCUUCCUGCACACCCUGGACCAACAGAAGCCCCGAGUGACGGACCGGCCCCCCGUGUUGGCCUUCCUGGAGUCACCCCGCCCCCCCAGCGAGGCAGGCCUGUUUCCCGCGGGAAUCGCUAGGAGGGUGCCCUGGCCGCUCGGCCUCACAGAAAGCACGUUUUCCGCUCGUCGGAAGCGGAACGCCAGCGAGAAGGACCAGGCUUCUGAGUGUGACAGUCUUGGGGACAUAGGCUCCCUCGGCAAGACCAGAGCCGUAGGCUGCACCCCUGUGUUAGGGCAGCGGCCCGUGUCCGGCCGUGAACUCCUGGGCAGCGGCAUCCAUCCGCUGCUGGCGGGCAUCCUGUUCCUGGCAGGAGCUGGCUCAAGGUCCCUGCCCGUGACCCCCUGGUGGAAGGUCACACACAGAAUCCUCUUCCCCGGCCUGGUCCUACCAGGCCUUCUCAGCGCUGGGAAGGCCCCUCGCAGAAGACUCGAGCCCCUGGUCUUCAGCACCAGCCUCCGCUGA